UGUAGUCAAGGGGUUACUUCACGUGCCCUCAAUUUACCUUUUUCCAAACAAGAAGACACUUUGUGACCGUGGAAAAGGUUGUUUUGUGUCCACAGGCCGAAUAUAUCUCCCCUUUUCCAGUCGACUCCGCGAAUUCUCUCGAAACUCAGGAGGAAGACCGGACUACAAGUCCCGGUAGGCUCUGCGGAGCCCCAAGCGCGCCCGGCCACUGUCGUAGGUGCGGGCCGCAUGAAUGGAGCACGGGGCGUAAGGCAAAGCCUGGCACCGUCCGCGCAGCGGGUACCUGCUCCCGGAGCGUGAGUGCGGGGAGUGGGCCGUGCGCGUGCGCGCUCGGAGCGGGCGCCAGGCGAGCGCGCCAGGCCGUUGCGGGCGAGAGGCUGCUGAGAGUAGCGGCGGCGGCGCUGGCGGAGCCGCGCGCCCGGCGGGCCGGUACUUGCGGGGCCUCCCGCCUCGCUCAGGGCUGCCGGCAGCCGUGGCGGCCGCCGGGGACCGCAAGGGGCGGAGGAAAGGAGGAGGCCGACCGCGGCACGCGGAGGAACAGCCGAGCAUGCCCCGAGACAACAUGGCCUCCCUGAUCCAGCGGAUCGCCCGCCAGGCGUGCCUCACCUUCCGGGGCAGCGGGGGCGGCCGCAGCGCUUCCGAGCGCGGCGCUGCGUCGGGCCCCGAGGCGCCGAUGCCGCCGGGCUUCCCGGAGAACCUGAGCAAGCUGAAGAGCCUGUUGACCGAGGUCCGCGCCGAGGACCUGAACAUCGCCCCGCGCAAGGCCACGUUGCAGCCGCUGCCGCCCAGCCUGCCGCCCGUCACCUACAUGCACAUCUAUGAGACGGACGGCUUCAGCCUGGGCGUGUUCCUGCUCAAGAGCGGCACGUCCAUCCCGCUGCACGACCACCCGGGCAUGCACGGCAUGCUCAAGGUGCUCUACGGCAAGGUGCGCAUCAGCUGCAUGGACAAGCUGGAGGCGAGCGGCGGGCAGCGGCCGCGGGCCCUGCCGCCCGAGCAGCAGUUCGAGCCGCCGUUGCAGGCCCGGGAGCGGGAUGCCGUGCGGCCGGGCGUGCUCCGCUCGCGGGCCGAGUACACCGAGGCCAGCGGCCCCUGCCUGCUCACGCCGCACCGGGACAACCUGCACCAGAUCGACGCUGUGGACGGGCCCGCCGCCUUCCUGGACAUCCUAGCUCCGCCCUACGACCCGGACGACGGCCGGGACUGCCACUAUUACCGGGUGCUGGAGCCCGUCAGGCCCAAGGAGGCCCCUGGCUCGGCCUGUGACCUGCCCCGAGAGGUGUGGCUCCUGGAGACCCCGCAGGCCGAUGACUUCUGGUGCGAGGGAGAGCCCUAUCCAGGUCCCAAGGUCUUCCCUUGAAGCCGCUGGCGCCCAGGAGCGGUGGGCCCAAAAUGUCCUUUUCCCAGAUUGCGGACUGGCCACCGCGACCCACCACAAGGGCUCUCUCGGUCCCCCACCCCCCAGGCUGGGCGUUGGAUCUACUGGAAUGAGCUGAAGCCACUUCCAUGGAAGCACGAGCGACUGGACAGCAGCCACCGGGCACGGUUACUGGGGGGGCGGCGUGGGCGCGAGGCUAGGUUGUUUCCUGGGACUGCCACUGCCACCAGGGCUUGGGCUUGGGGGAGGAGGGAGGGACUCUCUGAAGCGCUUCCAUCCUAAAGCCAUAAUGCAAUGUUGGCCUCCUGUGCCCCAUUCUAUACGAGACACACUAAAUAGUUUUCUCCUCUCUCCGCUCCCCCCAUCCUACCCAGUAAAUAGGGGUUUUUUUUCACUCCUGACGUACUCCUUACAGUUCUGACUUAACUGUGCACGACCCAGUGGUUUGAAUUGUUCUGAGUUCAGGUCAUUUGUUAAAAGCUCGGUUGGAAGACAUGAGCUGCUUUUAAAGUGAGCUAUCUUUCCCAAUUAAUUACUCGUGAGAUUGGUAUUUUUUUUCAGGGUUUGGGGAUCAUCCUUAAUACAUAACUAUGCAUGCAGAGGACAAGAUUUCUUUGCUCCCCUUGCCUGCAAGCCACAGCCGGUUCACUCAGGCAGCAUCCACUAAAAGAUUCAGCACUUGCAUCCCUGGGUGACAGAUGGUCACUUGGACCUCUCUUCCCCCAGAGUCCCCUAGAUCUGUGAGCUGAGCAGAUUUGUUGCAGAUUCACUUUUCAUGCAAAGACUAUAGUAUUCUCAAGUGACUUUUUUGUUUUAAAGAAGUGAUAGGGUAAUUCUGUGUUUUCUAACCAGAAGAUUCGGGGGGCUGGAUCUGUUAUGCUUCCACUGACUGAAUGUAAAACACCCCUAGCCAGCUGUUGAAUUCCAUUUACCUUCGAUAUCUUCCUGUAAAAAUAAUUACUAGGUUUAUGACUGUUUUACUUUUGCUCUCGGGGAUGCUGAUGUUCUGGGGAGCUGAGGGAUCAAGCUGUGCUGCUGGCAUUGUUAGCUCAACCCUGUGCCUCAACAGGGGAGAGCAAUGGCUUGCUUCAGCUAAUGUGGUUUUUGGUAGAAAGAGAGAAGGCACAGAAAAUCAAGGCUGAAGAACUGAGAGCUAACUAUACCACCAGCCAUUCUAGGGCACCAGAACUUGGGAUUAAACACUUCCCACUCCCACCUCUGGAAAUGAACAGUCGUGCUGUGCUCUCUGUGACUCGUGUUUUGUCCUUUAAUUGAUUGAGCAGCUUUACUUGGUUUACAGAUAAUACUGACACCCUGUAUUGCAGGCCAUGGAGCACUGUUUCCCCCUUUUUACUAUUUAUAGGAUUCCUUUUUUCACAAAACUUUUAAUAAAAACAAACUGUAGAAAUAAACACAUUCAAGUCUGCCCAUCUGUUGUGUAAGCCCUCUUGAUUGACUUGCCCAGGUGGCAAUAGAGUGCCACUAUGUGUGAUAAAGGGAGAUUGGCUAUUGCUGGUGCAGUGUUUGCUCUCCCGGCAGGGAUACAGUUUGUGCCUUUGCCUCUUUGUGCACACCGGGUGGCAGAGACCCAGGGGGAAGGAGUAUUUUGUUCCCAGUUUUUAAAACAGUAAGAAGCAAAUUCUUGAUUUGUUGUUGUUGUUCAACACAGCAUACCACUAUGCUGUAAAACCUAACACAGGCAUACUACCAAGCAUUUCCUCCAGGGUUGCUAAGAUUGUGUGGUUUUAAAUGCCUUGGAGGCAAUUUGAAGCAGCUCUUUAUGCCACUCAGUUUGAAAGUAGACUCAAGAUAUGCAAAUGAUGGUUUUCUUAGAAAAUUUCACAAAAUAAGAUGUGUUUAUUUCUUUCAUAACACAGUAAGAAAUGUGUGUGGUUACCAAUGGCAUACUCACCUUUGAAUUAAAUUGUAGGAAAAAGUUGGUUGACUUGCAAAGAUUGCUGAUAAUGAUGUAUAUAUUAUAAUAUAACCUGGGAUAUUUGAAAGUGGCCGGCAAACACUCAUCCUGGGGAUAGGACACCAGGGAAGAAUAAAGAGAAGAAUUAUGAAAGACUUCAUUAUGAAAAUGUUUAUGGAGUUCUCAAUUACAAGCAAUUUGGAAGGAAAAAACUAAGGUGCUUUUCAAGAGAGUAACUGAAAUUGCUUGAGGCCAAAACAGCAAUAUAUCUAGUUCGAUUAGAACAGGGAAAUGUUUGAUUCAUAAAUUCUGAGUAAAUUAAUGGUGAAAACAGAAUGUAACUUGUUCUAGGGAGCCGCUAAGGCAAGAAUAUGCUCAUUGCAAAGACAAAAUGCACAGAACACCUUGCACCUCUAUGCAUAAACUUAGUCAUGACUGACUUCAUGUGCUGCUAUUGUAUUUCCAUAUUGUCUUGCAAUAUAGAUUCUAUUUUAGCAAGUACUGUGGAAUAAAAGACCUUCCCCUAGGAAAGACUAAAUGAGCACAAUGAUAUUAAUCACUUAACUCCUCUGUUGAAUAAUAAAUGCAAUAAUUCCUUCUCGUGAUGAGAAAUUGUAUAAAUACUUCUGAAGCUUUUAAAUUUUCUAGGUAUAUCAAUGCAGAAUUGUAUAGCUACCUACUACUUGUAUGAGAUUUUUACUAAAUCUGAUCUGAAUGGAUUGCGUUUACACCAACUGCUGUUUAUUAAUGAAAACGGUAGCCUGAUUUUUCAGUACUAUGUGUUUUUUCCAUUGGAGUGGGUACUUUAUUCCAAAUUAUUCCGAUUCCUGUACUUUAACAUUACUGCCCAACGAAGAAGCAGUGUAUUUGACAUGGGGCUCUGCCAGUUGCUGUUCAACUCCAACCCGAGGGCAGUGCUACUCCUAUAACUGUGCAGGUCUAAAUUUUACAUACAGAAACUGACCACUGAUUGCUUCCAUUGAUAUGAGGUAUCUGCUGUCAAAGAAGGAAAUCAUUUGUUAAGCCCUUAUGAAUCUCUGAGUAUUCAGAUUCGGGAAUGUUAAAAUCAGUGUAACACUAUUGGAAAAUAAAGGCAUGCUUAAAGUUG